CUCAACUGGGCAAUUUCUGGCCGAUCGGAGUCAAAGCUUCAAGAAAUUUUCAAUAUCGUAAGUCUUUCCAGAGGAGAAAAUGUUUCUCCGCCAGAAGUUAUUGUGGCCGAUGUCUACAGACCAGAUACCCUGCAAGCAUUGACGAGAAGGACCAAGGUGAUAAUCAAUUGUGUUGGACCCUUUCGAUUUUAUGGUGAAGCUGUUGUGAAGGCCUGUAUCGAAAAUGGCACAGAUUAUGUGGAUAUCUCGGGUGAAGUUGAAUUUAUUGAACGCAUUCAGUUAACAUAUGGCGGACAGGCGAAGCAAAAAGGUGUGGCCAUAGUACCUGCUUGCGGUUACGAUUCGGUGCCUGCAGAUUUGGGACUUUUGUUUACCAAACGUCAGUUGGAGGCCAGAGGCGCGAUACCUUCACAAAUAGAAAUGUUUUCCAAGAUUAGCGGUGGAAAAUCUGGUCUCGUGAUUAAUUAUGCAACCUAUUCGUCUCUAGUGCAUUCGGUGGCUAAUGUUGACGCGCUCAAAGAAUUGCGUAAAAAUGCCCAUCGUCCGACUGUGCCCAAAAUUGGACCAACGUUGAAAAUGGCACCACCAUCUAGGUGGGAUCCUCGAGUCCAAGGCUACGUGGUGCCUUCGGUCACCACGGAUCUUUCCAUUCUGAAGUUAAGUCAACAGCUUGACAUUGAAUUUAAUUCGGGUGUUUCCCCUUCCCAACUUGCUAGCUACUUUGUGAUUCCCAGAUUUAAGUAUCUGGUGAUGCUUUUUCUCGGAGGAGCGAUUUUCAGGCUUCUGAUAAAAUACCAAUGGGGAAAAAAUCUACUGUUGAGAUACCCCAAGUUCUUUAGUUUUGGGCUUUUUACACGCGAGGGACCGUCGCCCGAACAAAUUCAGCAAGCAAGUUUUUCGCAUAGGUUUUAUGCGAGAGGAAUUUCCAAGUUUCGACUAUCAAUGGAAUAUGAAACACCUGUCAAUAAUUACAAUCAAAAUUCACCAAUUUUAAGCAAUUUACAACCUGACGUAGAAAUAAUCACCACGGUGGUUGGACCUGAACCUGCUUAUUCGGCCACGCCGAUUAUUGCUGUUGCUU